GCAAUGAAUAAAAUGUUUUAUUUACGAUAUUUUUUUCUUCUAUUUGUGUCCUCCUCAUUGUAAAAAAGUUGGUCACCUUACUAUAGCAGAUUUCACGAAGCUUUAAUAAACACGUUCAGCGUAGAAAUGCGUUCCAGCUGUUCGGUACUCGUGGACCCAGGCAGGGAGGAAGAGAGAGGGGGAGAGAAAAUGACAGAGAAAGAGAGAGAGUGAGAGAUUCUCCAACAAAGGCCUUGCAAGACGUGGGACGCGAAACGGAUCGGCAGUGUUGCCUUCGGGGGCCGCCGCUAUCCAGCCUCGCCAUCAAGGUUUCCCUAUUCCUCCUUUCCCUCCUCGCUCAGGCCAGAGCAAACAGGCUCGGAAAAGCGAGGAGGAGGAGGAGGAGAAGGCGGCGCCGGGGAGGAGCCAGACACGCAGGCGGAUUCAGGCUCGGUUGUGCUCGCAACCACUGGCCUCCUGAGCCCAGCGGCGGUGGAGAGCGCGAGCGGGAGAGACGGAUGGAACUUGCGGAACGGCACAAUCCCGGGGUAAGAGUAAGUGGUGAAUUCUACAGCUUUUCAAAAACACCAGAUAAAUCCAGAUUUGUGUAGAUCACACAUUGGAACAGAUGGAUAAUGGAGACUGGGGAUAUAUAAUGACUGAGCCAAUCACUCUAAAUGUGGGUGGACACUUGUAUACGACAUCGCUUACUACUCUCACGAGAUAUCCUGAUUCAAUGUUGGGGGCCAUGUUCAGGGGCGAUUUCCCGACGGCCAGAGACUCUCAGGGCAAUUACUUCAUUGACCGAGAUGGGCCUCUUUUCCGGUACGUUCUCAACUUUUUACGAACCUCAGAGCUAACUCUACCUUUGGAUUUUAAGGAAUUCGAUCUUCUUCGGAAGGAAGCAGAUUUUUACCAGAUUGAACCCUUAAUACAAUGUCUGAAUGAACCUAAACCUUUGUAUUCUGUGGAUACUUUUGAAGAGGUAGUAGAGUUGUCUAGUACACGCAAACUAUCAAAGUAUUCCAAUCCAGUGGCAGUGAUCAUCACACAGCUAACCAUCACAACCAAGGUCCACUCAUUGCUGGAAGGCAUUUCCAAUUACUUCACCAAGUGGAAUAAACAUAUGAUGGACACCAGGGACUGCCAAGUGUCUUUCACAUUUGGGCCCUGUGACUACCACCAAGAAGUCUCUCUUAGAGUUCACCUGAUGGAGUAUAUAACAAAGCAAGGCUUCACCAUCCGAAACACGAGGGUCCACCACAUGAGCGAACGAGCCAAUGAAAACACAGUUGAGCACAACUGGACUUUCUGCAGGCUGGCGCGGAAGACGGAUGAUUGAUUUUCUGUUCGUUCUGUUUUUAAUUUUUUUUAAAAAAUGACCCAGCAUCCUCAGAACAAUGUAUUAGGAAUGCUUUGUCAAAAACAGUAUUGGAGCCUCUCUGUUCUUAUUUUGCUAUGAAUAUUUAUUAUUGUUUUUUAAAGACUGGAGAGUGGACAUGUGCUGGACUCUUCUGUCUUUUGUCUUGUGAGAAACGUAUGCAUGUUGCUGCUCUAAUAUUGCGACUUUUUAAAAACAAAGGAUAAACAAGGGGGCAUCCUUAAAAAAAAAUGGCAGAUGACCAUAUUGUAACAUUUUUGUUUUCUUAUGGUCAUUGACCACAAUAUAGAAUGAUAAAAAUCAGCUUCAAAAUGUGUUUAAUCCAUCUCAUUAUUACAACUUCUGAAAAUAAGAGUUAAAAUGUUAAAUAAGUAGUUAAAGCUGGAGAAAUUCCUUCUGAAUUGUCCCCAGAAAUGGUUAUGGUGCUUUUGGAGAUGAAAUACUACCAUCAUGUAAUCUAACCUUGUUUUUCCUAAAUCAGUGAGCAAGCAGUAUUAUAACAAUUUAGUUGCCAACAAACCUCCAUGGCUUUUAUUUUCCAAACUGCAGCAUUUUGCAGUUAUGGCAACUGUUCCUUUCUAUGCAUUAUAAAUCAAGCAACUAAAUAUUAUAUCUGCAGCUAUGAAAGUACAAUUAGAAGUAUUUAUAUUGGAUUCUGAAUGCAAAACCAUCCUGUGGCAGAAAUCCUUAUUUUUUAAUGCCAGGUGCAAUAUUAUUUCCAAAUGUAAUGCUUUCCAACAAAACACUAAUAAAAUACAGUCUGGAAAUUAUAA